AUGAAAAUCUGUUUUCAUUUGUUAUAAAUCAUUUCCAAAAUGAAAACAGCGUGACAAAAUGGAAAUAAUCGGAGAGGGAAGAGGAAUUUCAGAGAUCAAAUGGGGAGAUUGUAUUUUGGAUGAAAAUUUUUGGGAGGAGCCAAACGAUAUUUGGGAGGCAGAGGAGAUCGAGGGUUUUUUAUCAGAUCGAAUGAUUGAAAAUCGUUUAAGUCUUCUAGCCAAAUGCCGGUACGAGGACAGUUAUGCCUUGACAAAGUGUAAUUUAAGUCGUCUGAAUCUCGUGGAUAUAAUGGAGUUACGAAAGUACAAAUAUCUGCAAUAUUUAAAUCUCUCUUAUAACAAUAUAAACGACUUGUCACCUUUGGAGGAAUUUCCUUACCUCACACAUCUGGACGUGUCUCACAAUAAUUUGACGUCUGCAACAUUGUCCACCCCUCCAUUAUAUUUAACCCACAUGAAUCUGUCUCACAACAAAAUUACGACGAUCCACGACAUGUCAGGAUUCUGGAGCAUCAUUUACUUGGAUCUUUCGCAUAAUUCAAUCGAAUUAGUUUCUGGAUUACAAAAUCUAAAAUAUUUGAAGUAUUUGGAUUUAUCCCACAACUUAAUCGAUUGUGUUCGAAACCUGGAUGACCUGAAUAUUGAAAAAUUGAAUCUGGAGUUCAACCGGAUAGCAAAAUUCCACUCAUCCCCUGGAGAAGGUCUGGAUAAUCUCCGAAAGCUACGGAUUCUGAUUCUGAAUCACAACAAGAUAUCUUCGCUAUUCUUCCUCCAUAAUGCUUUCUACUCUCUCCGAAUAAUAGACCUGGGGCAUAAUAAAAUAGGGGAUCUUCUCGGGGUAUCAAAUGCCAGGGCGUUCCUGGAGGAAAUUGACCUUCGUGGAAAUACCUGUAAUACCUGGCCAUUCUACAGAGAAGUCCUUUUGCACGCAAUGCCGACGUUGACGUGCAUUGACGGAUGUGAAGUUGCUGUUUCUGAAAAAAUUUCAGCACUCGCGAAGUUCAGUCCCCCAGUGGAUCUCUUGGCGUCCAAAGCCCUGAGCAGAUUAAUUCUCCUGGAACACUUGAUUCCUCCGAUAAUUCAUGACAAUGUCAUUCCUUACGAUCAGCCUGAUCCUGUCCUGGUGGUCCUGAGUGGUCCCUCGGCUGUUAAAAAAAUUAUUUUGGGCCUCAGGAUUGCUAAAAGAAUGCCCGACAAGGUGAAGUACUGCAGGAGCUACACCACCAGAGAAUUUUCAGCUCACGAAGAGGCCAGGGCUUACAAAUUUAUUGACAGAGAAAAUUUUAAUGCUAUGGCAAGAAAUGGUGAAUUUUUGACGGUGGAGGAACUUGUUGGAGAUAGUUAUGGAUUUCACGCUGAAGAAAUCGGGAUUUUGCGGAAGGAAAAUAAAAUCGGAAUCACUCAGAUGGAUUUGGGGGCAACAAUACAACUGAAGCAUCGAUAUCCAAACGUAAAAAUAAUUCUUGUAAUGGUGAAUAAUGAGGAAAUUCACGAGCAAUGGAUCAGGGAUAAAUUUAAAAUAUUCACCUGGAUUAAGGACAGUGUGGAAAAUUUAUUGGCGUUGACGAUUGGAAGAUUGUCGCGAGAAAGUAAUGUCGAAUCAGCAGUUAGCAAGCAGAACUUCGUAUCUCAGAUUAUAAGUGAAAUUAUACAAGACCUGGAUUUACCCAAUUACUGUAAUUACGUGAGACCCCAGGGCACUGGAGCAACUGCUAUGGACAUUAUUCUGCAGAGUCGAAUGAUGUUGGGUAGAGUCACCAAAACUGCCAAAGAAAUUAUUACUGAGAAACAUAUUCAAUUUCAAAACGACCCAGGGAGUGACGAGAGACAGGAAAAUAUUCUCCAGUCAACCUUUUCAGAUUUGAAAAUUAUUUUGGACGAGCACAAAAAUAUAAUCGUAGACGACGAGGAGUCAAAAAAGAAACGGAGAAUGAAUAAAUAUCUGAAACGUCGCGAAGCCAUCGAGGAAAAGGGAGAAUCACCUGAUGCCAUGUCUGAAUCAAGUGAUGAUUCGCAUUAUCGAUUUUUCGAGAGUCUGCAACGAACUGAUGAGACGAAAUAUCUAAUGAAUUUUUACGUCGACGUGGUGAUGAGAUCGAGACACUUGUACAUCGAUAGGCACUUGAAAAAUCCUGGAUUUUAUUCACUUACUGUUUUUACUGAUGACUUCCACCGCGCCCUGCGUUCCCUCGAAAAAUUUAUCAAUACACAAGUGAUUGACAAAUUUAAAGAAUGUAGAAUUCCUGAUAUAAUCUAUCGAAAUGAAGUGAUCAUCCCGAAGAUCGUUGAAGACAUCCUCAUUGAAGUAAACCAUCCCUCCCUCUAAGGUGGCUGGUGUCAUUUGAGGCAUAAGUCUUCAGUAUCUCAUUCUGAAUAUUUGUCACGGUGCACUGGGCUUGCUCCAGCAUUUGAAAUAAAUUGUAACAUUGUGGGCACAAAUAAGAACUUUGUAGGGAGCUUCUGCACACUAGACACAUCAACUCCGAGGAAGUCGGGUUAAUGGUUAUGACAAUGGUAAACACUUUUCAUCCCCCACACCACGCGGUUUCCACAUCAGAUGUUUGACCUUGGUAAAACAGACUACG